AUGGGCCUGUCGACGACUGGGACUCUAGUAAAACCCUCGUCCAGUCUCGUGUAUACGUUAAAUCUGUACUACGUGCUCAAAUACAACGAUAUCAUCUCCCUAAACACACUGGUUCGCUUACAACACUCUGCAUUUGCGGUGAUAAUUUGUGAAGGAUGGGCCCGGUGUCGGAAAAUGGGCCUUGUGAUCCUCGAUGCACGGUCCAUACUCAAGAAGCAAUAUUUGCAUUGGCGGCAGGCGGCGCACGAACAAGACGUAGCUCUUGGCUUCUGGCCUAGCACUUCUGUAUCAGCGGAUCCGGUGCCUCCUUCUCUCAAUGCCUCAACUCUGGAAGAUGAUCUGGAUAUUGACCUCGAACCGCCGCCACCUCAAAACCAUCACGACGACAAUGAUACAACUCUGCCAACCUGGGGUCUGCCUAAUCACGAAGCGUUCGACUAUGGCGCGUUGAAUCAAGAAUCCUUCCAGAGUGACCUAGAGCUUGACGAUAACAGUGACUUCGGAGUUGAGACUGCCCCCCAGACCCCAAUAUACAAUCCUGAAAUGGAUUGGGCUUCUGACUUGGGCUACACGUCUGGUGAAGCAGCCGAUAUCGAGACAGACACGGAUUCGCACCCGGAACUUGAUGACCUGCUCCCUAUAUCUCCAGCAAACUCUCGAGCGGCCUCGCCCACCGUUGGGCUGAAUAUAGAUCAGAUAGGAAACAAUCUUGAAGACAAGGCGCCUCAGGUCCCGCUUACCCCUGACGCUCCAGAUUUGGAGUUGAAUGAAGAAACAGCACAAGAGCCCAACAUUGACACUCCGAUGGAUCAAGCCGUGCUCAGCCGUGCUCAGACAUAG